AUGGCUACGCAGCAGCCUCAGUAUUAUCCUCGUCCGCCAACAUCGCCUCCCGCCAACCGAACACAAUUCUACCCUCCGCCGGCCCAGGGCUCGCCUUUCCAGCCUGUCAAUUACCCUCCCCCUCCCCAGGCUUCUCCAGGGCAGCAGAUGAACUAUCCUCCGCCACCGCAACACACCCCGUCUCCUCAGUUGUCUCACCACUCCAACGCCCAACAAUACCCACCGCCUCCCCAGCAAAGUCCAUCGUCUCAGGCUCACCACCAGCGUGCCGCUUCGCACCAGUACCCCCCUCCCCCAACUUCUCCGCCUGCUCCUCAACCGCUCCAGCAGGCUUCCUUGGCCGUGAGACCAGCGUCGUCAAGUGACCAUCAUCCUAAACAGCAAGACCCGCCUGCAUUUGACCCUCCUCCAUCGUUUCCCGGGAGCAAUGCGCCAUAUCCCCCGGAGAAGGCUGGGCAACAACAACAACAACAACAACAACAACAACAACAACAACAACAACAACAACAAGAGCCACUAGAUACAAGUGAUCCCUCUAAUCUUUCGGCUGGAGCGCCGCCUGCUGGUCACUUCGUUGGCGCAGGCGCCGUAGUUGAUGAUGUGGGCACUUUCAAUGGCGGGAGCUACCGCAUUAGUCACCGUGAUUCCAACACCAUCUUGACCAUUCAACUGGCUAUAGGCUGUCCUAUGCAAGCCAAACCCGGCGCCAUGAUUGCCAUGUCCCCAUCCAUCACACUUAAAGGAGAACUGAAGUUUAGUGUGAAGAAGAUGAUUGCUGGCGCAGACAUGACAACUUCCAGAUAUGUCGGCCCUGGUGAACUUCUCCUUGCUCCCCCCAUGCUAGGAGAUAUUACCAGCAUCCGUCUGACUGGCCAAGAGAGCUGGGUUGUCGGGCACGACGCCUUUCUCGCGGCCACUCAGGGAAUUAUCAAAGACCACAAACGGCAGGGCCUCGGGAAAGCAAUUUUUAGCGGAGAAGGCUUGUUUGUGUAUAGAAUCAGCGGCACUGGUAUCAUGUGGCUCACAAGUUUCGGCGCUAUUAUUCGUAAGGAUCUUGUGGAUGGUGAGAAGUACAUUGUCGAUAACGGCCACCUGGUGGCAUGGAAUACCAAAUACGUCCUUGAGCGAGUCGCUUCUGGCGGUAUUAUAUCUAACAUGGCAUCCGCAGAAGGCCUCGUCUGCAAGUUUACAGGUCCCGGGACUGUCUUUAUCCAAACCCGUAACCCGAAAGCUUUCACUGCUUACAUGGGUGGUCAGGCUGUUCAAGGCUAA